UAAAUACGCUGGAUAAAACAGUCCCGCCACCAAAUCAAAAUGUUUAGCAAAACCUUCACUUACGUGUUAAUAUUUUUAAUUUUCCACAAGCAAGUCAAAGGUACACCUGGCAUUUUUAAAGAAAUUAUAAAUAGUGUUGGAGAUGCUAUCAAUAAAGUUGCGAGUUUUUUACAACCAGCUGUUUUAAAAUAUGAGGCUCUUAUAGAUACUAAAACUGUAAAGGGGACUUUUUAUCAGUUCGACAAGAAUGCGUAUAGGUAUAAGCCAAAAGAUCCUGAUGGAGAUAUUGAAGACUUUGGUACCUAUGAUUUCAUCAUCUGUGGUGCUGGAGCAGCUGGCCCAGUGCUAGCUAAUAGAUUAAGUGAAGUAACUGGAUGGAACAUCCUCAUUUUGGAAGCUGGUGGCCUACCUGAUGAUUCAACUGAUAUGCCCGCGUUGGCCAUACAAAACAUGGCGUCAGAUUUUAAUUGGGGAUUUUUCAGCGUCGAGCAAACAAAAUCUUGUCUUGGUUAUGAGAAAAAUCGUUGCCCAUACGCAAGAGGUCGAGGUUUGGGAGGUAGCACUCUUAUAAACGGGUGUAUGGUAUCCAGACCCAACCCUAGAGAUUUAGACAGACUAGGUGAGGUGGCAUCAGGUUGGAGUUAUGAUGAUAUGCUCCCGUAUAUGAUGAAAUCAGAGAAUUUAACAAUCAAUAGAAAUGAUGCUCCCAUAAACCCUUCUUAUCAUAGAACUGGCGGGGAAUUCCCCACACAGUUUAAUUCUAUCAACAAUUCAAGAACUAGAGGGUUAUAUGGUGGAUGCAAAGAUCUAGGGUAUAAUUUAACUGAUUAUAAUAGCCGCGAGCAAGUGGGAUGUUCACCCAUUCAAUUCAACAUUAAAGAAGGAAAAAGAUGGGAUACAGGUAAAGCCUUUAUCCUGUCCCUCAACGACUCUCGUAGAUCAAACAUCAAAGUGAUGACCUACAGCUACAUAACCAACAUAAAAAUAGAUCCAACAUCAAAAAAUGCAACCGGUGUUAUUUUUUCGAACAAUAAAAAGUUGUACUACGCCAAAGCUAGCAAGGAAGUUAUAGUAUCAGCUGGGACGUUCCAGUCAGCUCAACUAUUAAUGUUGUCUGGUGUUGGUCCACAAAAACAUCUACAAGACUUAGGGAUAACAGUAUUUUCUGAUGUACCGGUGGGUGAAAAUUUAAGGGACCACGUCGGUAUGACCAUAGUAGGUAAUCAUGAUCAAUUAGAUGAUACCAUAAAGUUCCAACAACAAGAUAUCGUCGAUUAUUUGAAUGGUUUCGGUAGACUAACAGCCUACGAAGGUGUGUCAUCUGUAAGUUGGUUCCCGACAAAAUACCAAACCGACAAAACCUGGCCUGAUGUGGAGUUCGUAUUGAUGCCCUUUCUCCUGACAUCAGUUCCAAGUAGUAACGCGUUUCGUUACACUAUGUUAAGUUUGAUUGAGCAGUUCAUUGGUGCCGAAAUGGCACCACUUUUUCUUGGUUACUACUCCUUCACCCAAACCAAAUCAGUCGGGACUGUUAGGUUAAACAGCAAAGACCCUUACGAGUACCCUUUGAUAGACCCCAACCUCUUUGGCGACCCACAUGACAUCGAAGCUCUAUAUGAAGGGAUGUUGGGAGUUUUAGAUUUAAUAAACACUCCUUCGAUGCAAGCUAUUAAGGCCCGACUUGCCCCUUUGGAAAUACCAGAGUGUGGUCUAUAUAACGAGACAUCAAAGUCCUACUGGUUUUGCGCUUUCAAGUAUCUCGCCUUUCCAACCUAUCACCCUGUUGGGACGUGUUCCAUGGGUCAAAAUAGCAGUACGGCAGUAGUGGAUAACAACUUAAAGGUCUACGGAGUGAACAAUCUCAGAGUUUGUGAUGGUAGCAUUUUCCCUUUCCCAUUCUCAAAUCAUCCAAUGGUUAUCAUAAUGGCAGCAGCUGAGAAGCUAUCUGAUAUUAUAAAAAAGGAAUUCAAUAAAAUAUGAUUUGGUAUGCUAGUUUUU